AUGUCUCUAUUACCAACUAUUAAUGAUUUCAAGCCUAUCUAUAACUUAGUUGAAUUAGAAUUAGAAGAUUAUGAAGAAAAUGAACUAAAAGAUCUUAAAACCUGUUUUGAAAAAGUAGGGUUUAAAUGUUUUUUUGAAAAACAUUUUGAGUUAAAAGCUUUAGAGGAACAUGAGCUUGAACUUUUUAUAAAAUCACAAUUAAUAUCAUUUGAAAUUAGUGAUGAAAAAUUAAAGAAUAAAACACAAAAGCAUAUAUACAAAUAUAAUUAUAAUAGUUUUUUACUUCUUUGUAAACCUACAUAUUUAAAGUUAUGUGAAAUUAAUGAUUAUUUACUUUGUAUACUACAAAAUCAUUUACAAUUAAAUAGGUUAACUGAACAUGUUCAUGGAAAUACUAGGUGUGUAUCUAAAACAGAUUCAAGAGUUUUUUUAGAUCUUGCUAUAACAUUUCCAAUUAAACAAUUUUUAGUACAAUAUGGAACAAUUUACAGAUUUUCUUCUCCAUUACGGCAUCAAGAUGAUUCUGGCAUUUUUAUUUAUCUUCCGACUAGUUAA